AUGUCUCCAGUCAUAUUGUUAGCCUUACUGUUCUGUUUUACCACUACUGCCAGUGGUUUGAUUUGUUUCACUUGCGUCCAAUCACCCGGUACCACCCAAUUGGAUAACUUCCGGGUGUCUACACGACUUCCCGCCCCUGUAUGUCGUAUGGAACCGAUACGAUGUGAUCGGGAUCAGGAUGUUUGUGUACGGAUCAGUAUGCAUAUAGGCGGAGGCGAGUACUGGAUGGGAGCCGGAUGCGAUCGACGAAUUAAUUUCCAACAUCUCGCUUGUCAAAACGUCCGCACCGUGUCACGAAGUGUACAAUUAGGUUCAUAUAUUCUUCACAUUGCUUAA